AUGUAUGUUUUUCCCAAGGCUUUUGGAUUCUCUCUCGCUCGUGAGGACAGACUAGCGUUAGGGUUAGGGUUUGGAUAUAGGUUAUGCCCUUUGGCCGCCGUAGUUGUCAAACUUCUUCUCCCAACACUUCAUCAUCCUCCCCUGUCAUGCUCUUCUCUUUCGUCGGUGUGUUCUUUGGAAAUUGUCUCUCUUUGUGGCCGCUUGGGAUUGUGGUGGGUGGCUCAUCACCUUGCUCGUGGGUUUUCGGACGAGACUGUUUGGCUUGGUGGUUCUGUCAUGGUGUCCUAG